GAAAGAGAAGCAAGUGUUUUCUAGUUAACCAAUAUUCUAAUUGUACUUGUCUCUUCUUUGGUGACUAUUACUUCCACACUUUUGUUGUGUUUUUGUUAUUGUUCGCACUCCGGAUGCCGCAGAACGAGUACAUUGAGCAAGCACAAAAGCGCUUCGGGCGUCGUCUGGACCAUGUAGAACGCACGCGCAAACGCGAGGCCCGUAAAGCGCAUGUAGAGGCCGCAUAUUUGAAACAAGUUCGUGGGAUCAAAGCGAAGAUAGCGCAAAAGGCUCGCUAUUCAGAAAAGGCAGCCAUUCGCAAAAAGAUUCGUGAACACGAAGAGAAGCAAACCACAGAACGCGUUAAGGAAAAGGGCCCGAAGAAUGCCCUGCCAAGCUUUCUGAUGGAUCGUAGUGAGGCGGACCGCGCCAAGAUACUGUCUAACUCACUCAAACAAAAACGAAAAGAAAAGGCGGGAAAGUGGGCAGUACCCAUUGAAAAGGUGAAACCUGUUUCAGAGGAUGAAAUGCUCAAGGCGGUCACCUCUGGCAAGCGUGGCAAGAAAUCGUGGAAAAGGCUUGUUAACAAGGUGACUUUUGUGGGUGAAACGUUCACGCGGCGUAUGCCUAAGACCGAGCGCUUCAUUCGCCCCAUGGCCUUGCGCUUUAAGAAAGCCCAUGUGACCCACCCAGAGCUUAAAGCGACCUUUUAUCUGCCUAUUAUUGCUGUAAAAAAGAACCCACAAGGUAAGAUGUACACAGGGUUGGGGGUUAUUACGAAAGGAUCGGUAAUAGAGGUUAACGUGUCAGAGCUUGGCUUGGUAACGCCAUCCGGAAAGGUAGUAUGGGGAAAGUACGCGCAGGUUACGAACAACCCAGAGAAUGAUGGUUGCAUUAACGCAGUUUUGCUUGUAUAAAAGGGGCAAACAAACUCAUCUAGUGAUGUCUUUUUUUCUUGCUGCUACGACAUCUAGAGGCUGGCCCAUACAUCCUUCGCCUUAUCGUUUAAGGUUAACAAUAUGAAGUCAUGUCAUUGAUGAAAGGAAAUAGAGGGAGAUGAUUUACUUGGACGGGAAGAAGUAAACGAAUAUCUAAUAGUUUUGAUUUUAUUGCAGGUCAAAACGUCGAGUAAAUGUUGUGUUAAUGUUCUGCUUCUUUCAAUUCAUUUUCAUAUAUGAUGACGUGUAAAUAACUAUUCUGCAGAUUAAAUAUUGGUGAAUAAAGUGUUUAUUUAACGUUUAAUAUAUAUUAUAUAUCUAUAUUGAAAGAGAUAUAGAUAUAUUAGCAUCUAUGAAUUGGAAAAUAUUUUUUAUAUCCUACUCCUGGACAAUAAAAUUUCAAUAUAAUUUUUUCCCUGUUCUCCUUACUUUCCCUCUCUUUAGUGGGCUCAGAUUGUUUUCCUUUAGACAAUAUCAUUUUAAAAGGAGUAGUCUCAUUAAUUUUUCAUCACCAUCAAUAUUAUAAAAAAAAGGCGAAUAACAGUUUUACUCAUCAAAACUUGCCCUGACAGUUGUAAUUUUAAAAAAACAUCAUUAUAUAUAAUAGUGUUUUUAAUUAA